UCUCUCUCUCCCUGCAGCGAGAAGACGAACCAACCACACCUCACACUCCCUCGUAUCUCAGUAUUUUCUCUCUCUAGAAACCUCUCGCUUCUCUCUCUAGCUCCACAGCGUUCCGCCCUCGCCGGGCGACGCUUCGCUUCGCUUCGGUUCGGUCGCGUCGGGUGCUCCCUCUCGUUUCCCUGUGCGCGGAGAUUCCAGCUUCUCGCGACGACCCGCGCGGUUCGAUCGGACGUGCCCUUCCCAUCUCGGCCUAAUUCGUAUGUUUCCGAUGCGUGUCGUGUCCAAUUGUGGGUUCUCCACCGAUUUGUUUUCGUGGGUUUUUGUUUUCGUUUUCCGGAGCGAGAGGAAUUGUUUUGACCCGCGAUUCUCGUUCUCCGCCGCGUCCGUUUCGGAUCCGUCCCGACCUGUCGAGCGCUUUAGCUCUCUCUUGCUAAUUCGAGGUGGUUCUUUUCGAAUUUGACUUGCUCCAAGUAGCCUUAAAAGUAGCAGAUUUAGUCGAUUCCGCUUGCUUUUUAUACGUGUCUGGAGUAUUUGUGGUAACCCCCCUUGUAUUUUUUGUCUCGUGUCUUUUGUCUGUUCAGUAAAUGGCGCUUGCACACCAGCCCUCGAACCAGAGUGCGUUCGUUUUUUUUUUCCUUUUGAUGGUUCUCGUUGAAGUCUGAUUACCCCUUUUUCUUUUUGUGAGUUUUCUCGGCCCUUUUGUUGAUGGAUUCGUAGAGUUGGUGUUGCGUCGCGGGGAGGUCGGCGGAAAAAUUCAUUUUGAUCUGUGAAUUUGGUCUUUUAGGACGACGUGGUAGCCGAGUUAAUGAGACUUAAGUUCAUUUAUGGUUUCUGUAAAGGGUUGAAGUCGCUGCUUGCAUGAUUUGUAGGAGCAAGCAUCGGGUAUGAUGCUGGUGAGACACAUGGAGAAACGUUGCACAGAUGAAUUGUGAAGCUGUAGGCACUGCAUAUUUGAACAGUGCUGUCUGGCUACGAUUACAGAUUUUGAUUUUGGUGCUUGUUAGAAUGGGUUCAGCUUGCUGUGUUGCUGCUAGAGACAAAACUAUCCCAGGUGGGCCAAGUAAUGAAUUCUUUCACCGAAAUAUACGGCACUCGCCAACAUGGAGCUUUCGGUGGGAAAACCGAGGGCGUGUAGCGGGUGAAGAGGCUUCUGUAGGUUGGUUUUCUGAUGGCAUCAGCCAAAAUAAUCACCUAGAUGUCAAGUACGAAAGUGCUUAUGCAUCAGAGGAUGGAAGUUCUUUGGAUAGUUCCCAUAGACCACCAUGGCCUAAGUCUCCAUUUUCUGAAGGGACUGCUAGACUUGCGAGAACUGCUGGUUCAGAUCAAUCUAUUUCACACAACGUCUCGUUGGAUGUGAAUUUGGAGCAGGCGGACUCCAGAGAAUCUCCAGCUUAUUUGUGUCCAUCCCCUACAAAAAUUUCGCACUCUUCCUUACCCUCAGCUUCGUCCCCAUUGCCGUCAUCCUCCCAAAUUCAUCUGCUGCCAGCUAGUUUAACUCCAUCAAGACAAUCCAGUCCUUCAGCAAAACAACCUUCACAGCAGAGAUCUGACAAUAAACUUCAAGGGAGUAAGUCACCAAGCAGUCAGUUGGAUGCUGAAGAAAGGCCAGGGAUCCCUUCCUGGAGCAAUGAUUCAACUAGGGGUUCCUAUGGUGGGUCUUCAGAUGGGUGGUCUGUCAAUGCCUUUUCAGAACUUGUGGCUACUUCUCGCCAGGGUAGUUGGUCUUUUGAUGGUGAACCUGUGGGCUUGAAGCGUGAGAAGAUAACCAAACGAAGUAGUCAAACUUCUGCUGAUCAGCAAACCUGUGGAGUUUGCACGAAGUCGUUGACUGAGAAAUCAUCAUGGAGCGCCCAGAAGAUAAUCGCUAACAAUGAGCUUUCUGUUGUGGCUGUUUUAAUGUGUGGUCACAUUUAUCAUGCUGAAUGUUUGGAGAUUAUGACACCAGAUAUCGACAAGUAUGAUCCCACUUGCCCCAUCUGUACUUUCGGGGUGAAGCAGACCCUUAAGAUGUCUGAAAAAGCAUUAAAAGCGGAAAUGGAUUCGAAAAUCAAAAAGGGAAAGAGAUCAAGAAAUCAAGUGGUGGAUAGUGAUGUUGGUGGUGAUUAUGUGUAUGAUCGAAUAAAAAGUAGCGGAAGUGAUGUGAAGAGUUCUAGGGCGGGCUCCAGUUCAGUCAUGAGAAGCUCCUCGGGGAAGCCUUUCUUGAGUCGCCACUUCUCCUUUGGAUCAAAGGGGAGUAGGUCCCUGAAAGAGAAUCAUUCUACCCGAAAAAAGGGAUUCUUCUGGACAAAAUCUAGCAAGGAAUGAUCUUGUUUAGCUCCAAUGAGAAUUUUCAUGACAAUCUCAGUCAGAUAAAGGAUUGCAGAGAAUUCCAUUUAGGUUCGAUUGAAGACGAGUUGUCUGUAUACACAGAAAUUGUCACAUUAAUUUGCUGUGGUUCUACACUGUACAGGAAUCAAAAGCGAAAGGAAUAUGUAGAAGGGUAAAAAUAGAACAGCCAAAAAGGGAAAUUUGGUAGGUUGAAGGCACAUAUGUGCUUCUCCUAGCUUAUUCUGUAUAAGUUCUGGUUGAUUUCUAUAUUGAUUGAUAAUAUGAAAUGAUAUAGAAUCAGAUCAAGUUAUGUGAGAUUGUUGUUUUUGAGUCCAAGGUCUGCCUACAUGCAUAUAUGCGGCGGCUUGGUGAUGGAUAGUGUUGUAUCUAGAUUUGCAACCUACUAUCAUUGUCAAUAUAUCAAUUGUUUGGCUUUGGGAAA